CCUUGUUAUUUUGGAACCCGGUUUAUGAAUUAUGAUGCGAGCACUAGCAAACGGUGCGGUUUUUCCCCAAAAACCCUAAUGAUUUGCAAUCGAAGCAAAGCCACCGAUCUCGAUUCUCCAGCCCUUUGCAUCUCGUUCUUCUAUUCGCCGCCCCUCCACUUUCCUCUCUCUCGCCGAUUUCACCCCGUCGUCAGGACCAGCGUGGUGGCAGUCCAAAUACCCAACUCCGGCCCGCACUUUCCUCAUUAUCCUUCAUCUCUGCAUCUCCUCGUCAAGAUCCAGGUGAGACCCGUCGGCUCCCCGUUCUUGAGCAUCUUAAGGAACAAAAUAAUUUACAACUUCCUGUCUGUUUUCAUCUCAACGCGGGAUUUUUCUUUUUCUUCUCGCCAUUGUCUCGUACAGUUUUCAGAUGCCCAAAGCCAAGCUUAAAACGACUAUAAAAGAUGCGGUUUCGGAGAUGCAGCAACUUCAGUCGGACUUGAUUCGAGCAAUGGAUCAACUUGAGCUAAAACUUGGUGCGACUCGUCCACUCCAAGAAGCAAUGAGUAGUGUGCUGGAUGAUGAAAUGAUCCCUUGUCUGGGAGAGCUGAAGUCCAUAGAUGAAGCUGCUCUGGAGGUGUUGCCAUUAGUAAGAGAUGCAAAUCAUGUACCCAUUGGAGUCGUACCCAGCCCGGAGUACCUCAAGGAGUUGGAAGAACGUUGCUUGAUCUUUAGAACUACGGAACACCAAACCGAGUUUUUUGCAAAAAAGAUUAUGAAGGCCUACAAGGAUGAGUAUCCGGCUGUGGUGCUGGAAUUGGAGGAAGGGGUAACCAGUAACACAGUAGAGUCUUGUGGCUGUCUCUACUUCCAUAUCAACUUCAAGGUCAAGGACGUAGAUGGAUCUGUCCAUCUUUUCUUUGCUGAGGCAACUUUUGAUUAUGACCCUGUAGUGUUGUCGCACUGCAUCCUCGAGCGUGGAGAUAAUGGUGGUUAUGACCAUUACCAUAAAGGAUGUGGAGGUUGUGAUCCUGAUGCUGAAGUCCCAAUAUACGACCCUCGUGGAGAUUACCUGCAUGGAUACUAGUGAUGGAUGUUUUUGAGGGUUUACAUAUUAGUAGAGUACUAUUUGUAAAAGGAUUUAUGUAUCUUGAAUUCCUAAGUCGUGUUGACUACUGAUGUGGAUUCCAAUGCAACACGAUCAGGAGAUGAAGUAACUUCUGGCCUGCUACUCUCAUGCCGAUGAAUUUGGUGGCGUUCGAUUUCAUACUUCAUGUGAGCAGAAUCAGAGUGAUGAUUCAAACUGUAUAAGGAAACUAGAAGAUGAUAGCAGUCCUCUCAUUGGCAUUUGCAUUGAGAGGAUGUUUGGUCAUAAUUCUUGUGAUUCGACGUCGAAAGCUGGUGAGGUGGUCACAUUGUUUUUGCAUACCCAGAAGGCGGCGAAGGUCACCAUUAAUUUCUUUGGUUACAUAGCAGCAGCAGAGUCAAAAACACUGUCCACGGGCCACGGCUCCAAGCAUUUACCAGCAAAAGAUGAGGAAAUCCGCAUUGAGACCACAGCAAAAGACGACGACAACCACAUCAACUAAGAUGAAACCAUCACAAUACAGCGUGUGACCCAAUAAAUCAAGUGUUCUUGG